AUGUUUGGUGGGGUCACGGAGGCCUCAGAUCCUUGCCUAUUGGCUCUUUCUGGCCUCUUGGCUAGCUCCACUCGAGAACAGGUGGCCUUCCGGGCUCAGUCCAGAAAUCGGCUUGGGGACACUGCUCGGGAGCUGCUCUUGAUGACAACGGGCAUUUUUAUGGAGAUGGAUGCCCGAGAUCGUGCUCUCAGGGACUUCGUGGACCGCCGUAUUGAGGAGGCGCAUCUCGAGGAGAACUUGUCGGCGACCAGCGAUGCCCGGAGCAACUUAGCCACGGCCCAGGAGCAUACCAAGUCCCUGGAAGAGGAGUUGUCUUAUACCCGGAGGGUUCUUAAAGAAUCUGACGAGAGGGCAGCUGUAGCUGAGAUCCGCUGUGAAGAAGUCUUGAAGCAGCUGUCCUCCGUGGUGGAGACCCUUCGUGAAAGGGAUGAGGCUGUGAGCCAGAGGGACGAGGUCCGGCGUCAGUACGAGGCCUUGAAGGCUAAUUUCGAAGGAGCUCAGGCUCAUCUUGAUAAGGUGAAGAUUCAAAAGGAGGGAGCACUAGCUCGGGUUGAGGUUCUCGAGCAGGAGCUGAGUAAGAGUUCUGAUCGUAUUAGAGAUCUGGCCUCAGCGGCAGAGGAGUCUGAACUUCACAAUCAAGAGCUCUGCCGUGAGGUCAAGACUUUGGAGCACAAAUGCUCGGCCCUGCUUGAGGAUGCUAGACUCGUUGAAGACAGGAUUCAACUGGAGUACGAGAGGCGUUUGAUGGAGUAUAAGGAGUCUCCCGAGCUAAAGAAAGAGAUCGAGCAGGCCUGUGAAGCUCGCCUCCAGAAUUUCAAGAGUUCUUAUGAAUUUAAAGCCGAGGUAGCUGAGGCCUGUGAGAGACGACUUGCGGAGUUCAAAGCUUCUGGCUAG